UUCAGUGAAGCUCCUCCCACUACAAACACACCUUCAGUGAAGCUCAUCCCACAACAAUCACACUUUCAGUGAAGCUCCUCCCACAACAAUCACACUUUCAGUGAAGCUCCUCCCACAACAAUCACAUCUUCAGUGAAGCUCCUCCCACAACAAUCACACCAUCAGUGAAGCUCCUCCCACUGCAGUUCAUCAAUAAAUGCUGGAAUAUUCCCAUCAGUCUACAAGUGAAGACCAGCAUCAAAGCAUCAGGAAGAAGUGAAAUCUGCAGAGACAGAGUUUAUUGAAGAACAGAGAGAACAUGAGAGAUCCAGAACCCUGCAGAACCAAACACACUGAAGAACAAGCAGCCCUGCUGGAGGAGAGUGAAGAACGGAAAUAUCAUGAUGUCAAAAGUAGAGAAAAAACUUGCUCACAGACUGAAUCAGAUUCUUUACUGAAAAGUAGAGUCAAGAAAAGUUUCACCUGCACUCAGUGUGGAAAGAGUUUGAUGAGCAAACAGAGUCUCAUGUUUCACACGAGGAUCCACACUGGAGAGAAACCAUACACAUGUGAUCAGUGCGGGAAGAGUUUCACAUACAAACGGACUAUCAUUGAUCACAUGAGGAUCCACACUGGAGAGAAACCGUUCACAUGUGAUCAGUGUGGAAAGAGAUUCACAUGCAAACGGACUAUAAGUGUUCACAUGAGGAUCCACACUAGAGAGAAACCGUUCACAUGCGAACAGUGCGGGAAGAGUUUCACUCAAUCAUCAAACCUUAAGAACCACAUGAACAUCCACACUGGAGAGAAACUGCAUGAAUGUGAGCAAUGCGGAAAAACAUUUGCAAGGGCUUCAAGCCUGAAGGAGCACCUUAUAGCUCAUUCAAAAGAAAAACCACAUGCAUGUUCUUUAUGUGGAAAGAGUUUUUCACAACUGCAGCAUUUAAAAGUUCAUCAGAAGAGACACACUGGUGUGAGAGAAUAUAUGUGUUUUGAGUGUGAGAAGAUUUUUAUUACGGAUACAGAAUUGAAGCAACACCAGAGGAUCCACACUGGAGAGAAACCUUACAAGUGUUCACACUGCGACAAGAGAUUCAUUCGGUUAGGACAUCUGAAAUCACAUGAGAGGAUCCACUCUAGAGAGAAACCUUACAUGUGUUCACACUGCGACAAGACAUUCAGCCGGUCAGAUACCCUGAAAAGACAUGAGAGGACUCACAUUCUAGAAAAAACAUAUCCCAUGCAUGUGGGAAGAGUUUCAGUCAUUCAUCAGCAUUAUUGAAUCAUACAAACAACAAUCACAGUAAGUUCAAUUCACAUUUCUUUGUAUAGCAAUUUUCACAAUGCAAAUCAUUGAAAAGCAUUAGUAAAUAAUAGUUACCUCGGGAUGCCUAUCACAUGGACGAAACAGUGAAGCAGUUCAUGCUUUCAUGCAAUUGUAAAAUAUGUUACAUAGUUUUACAGGGUCAUUUCUAAAUAGUUUUUAUCUGUAAGAGCCAAUGAAGUAAACCAAUAAAGUAAGAGCAGUGAAGAGCUAACGUUAGCAUCAAGCGACAUAACAAUUUAUGACAUAAUUAGUACA